UUUCGGUUGACAUCUUUAUGACGUGUUUGCUCACAAAGCCGUGACAACUAAUAACAAAACAAAAAACCUUCAGAUUUUGAAACGCUGCUCCUACGUCAUGGCCUUUGUCCUUGUUUGUAUACGGAUCUACAACAAUUAUGAUAUGUGUGGGCCAACCUCUGUCAACCACCAAGCAGGGGCGAAGUGACAUGUUCCCCUUAAGUUUUAUUGGUGCCCUGUAGUUCAUGUGCAUCCAACUGUAACAUCUCAACAAACGACACACUAUUAUACAGCCAUGACAUGAGCAAACUUUUAUGUGUGCCUUGACUUAAGUGCUGGAUCUAUUGUGAUAGCAGUAUAUGCGUGAACUUGAGUCUAGCCAGGUUUAUUUGCUGAAAAGGUGUGGAUAUCAUUAACGCUUGUGAUUACUAAGGCAGAGUUGUUUAAACAUUCAGACGUAUUAGUAUACACUAGAGUAGAAGCAGGGGUGUGGCUGUGUCGGUUUAAACAGGAUUUGUUGGAAGGUAAAAACAGACGAACAAUAAGGGAAUUGAGUCAAGACCCUGCAGACGGAAUUACUGAGUUAGUUCACAAUUGAAUGAUUUUAAAAUGGAGCAGAUGACAUCUGCAGUAACUGCCUUGUUGGUGUUGGUUCUUAUUUGUAUUGAGCCAGUUGCUGCUCAAGCCAGUGGUGGUAUAUCCGGUGUAGCGAUUGGUCUUAUCGUGGCUGGAGUGGUUGCUGUUGUUGUCAUCGUUGUGUGUAUUAUUAUUGGCUGCAUGAUCUACAAGAGGAAACAUCUUGGUCGUCUAGAAUUAGAACAUCCUGAAUUUGAACGUACGGGGGAGCCCUACUACAAGGCGUCAGUAACUAAUGAAACCAUAAUCCCUAGUGCUACUCAGGCCCGAUAUGACACAACAGAUUCCAAUGCCUCAUUGGAUAGGACGGCAACUGCGGAUUCAGAUGGAGACGCAGUAUCAGUUGAUGAUGGUAUGUCGUCAAGGACUGAGAGAAGAGAGAAGUUUGAACUGGAGUUGAUGGAGUUACAACCUUAUGCCAGCACCUUCAACGAAAUGUCCAAAGAUGUACAAGAACGAAUCAAGAAUGCCAAGCAUGGCAACCCCAGGGUGAAUGGAUACAAGGCUGUAUCCAGAGAUCUGAGUCGGGUACAGCAUUUACUGAGUAAGAGGAAUUCCUCUGGGUUUAAGAUUCCUCCAGAUGGGGCCGAGCUCUUAUCAUGGGCCUUGGAGACCAGAACAAAAUAUGUGGAACUACAACGGUACAAGUCGCUUAAAGACAGCGGUGAUUCUUCCGAGCCUCCAGAGAUGGCUUCCAUCAUGUGGAUCCAAUCUAAAGAUGAUUCUCUCUUUGAGGAUAAGUCAUCUUUCGAUGAGAGCGCCGUCAUAUGAUCGAGGUAUCUAAUUGUGCCUUAGUAGACUAAGAUGCCGUCAUAUGCAUCAAUUUCCCCCGUCUCACGCAACUAUUGCGACUGCAAACUAAGUUUUUUUAAACGGGUCCAAACAAUUUCUUGUCACCCUAUGAAGAAAAAGUGUCACCAAAGAAAAAGUUGUGUGUCAAAGACAGUGAAAUGAAUCUUUACCUUGGUAUAAUCAUCCACUUUUCCUCCCUGAUGAGGUGGUCCCACAGAGAUGCAACUUUCCCCAUUACAAAUGGGAAAAAAAUCAAAUUUCAAAAUCAAAAUUGUUAUCUCCUCCAAAAAACACAUGUAGUUGUAUUACAGAAAGUUUAUCUCCACCAAAUCACCGACAAAUGGGUCCCCUGCCUACCGCCCCCCCCCCCCCCA